CACUGGCUUCAUUGUUUUAGAGAGAGAAAAACAAGACGCGCGUGGGCGUGAUGAUGUGGAGACAGGAAAACGAAACCCAACGACGUGAUUUGUUUUAUAGCCACCCCAACAAAAAAAAACACGCAGGUAAAUAACAUGAGGAAGUGAAGACCAAGAGGAGAGACAUGUCUGCUGCCAGAAGUGAACUUCAGGAGGCCUUGUGCUGCUACGUUGGAGAUACCCUCAUCUACAUCGACACGGUGAGAGAAUUCUGCGAGAGGAGCCAGAAAUGGAUGCUUCAGAGGGAUACAGAGUUGGAAAUGAUGGAGGACAUCAAAGACAGGGCCGGCCGCGUCAACCUAAGCAUCAACCAUGUCACGCAGCCGGAGAGACGAUUUAAGGCCUUUUGGGAAUACAUGAGGAGCAAGGCGACCCAGGUGACUGCAGACAGGCGGUAUGCAGAGCUGGAGAAGGAGCUGGCGGCAGUGCUGAAGGACACUCUGGGAGGUCUGCAGAACCUCGACUCCUUUCUGGAUGCGGUGGAGAGUCUGUCGGUCACCUCGCUUCACGUGUUCACGCCGGAGAACCAGAUGCUACAUCUGCCAGAGGGCAUCAGCCCUGAAGACGUUCAGCUGGUCAUCACUACUGCACGGAUAAUCUGCCCUCACCUCCUCGAGUUUAAAAGAGACGCGAGCGUCUUCUUCCUUCCCAAACUUAAGAACGUGGAAGUGCUGUUGUACCAGCUGAAGAAAUACCGUAAGACCACCCAGAACAUCUGUGGGAUGUUAGAGAAAAGCUCCCUCCAUUACUUUUCCAUGGAGAUGAACAACGAAUCUCUGAUGGACCUUGAUGUGGAUUUGUCUGAAGAUGACGUACAAAUGAUGCUUUCUCAAAUUAAUGAGCUUGAUGAAAUCAGAAUGAACCAGAGCUUCCGGACGGUGUUCUUGUUUCAGGGGCAAUGUUCUUGCUUCAUCACUGAGUUCCAAAAGCGAACGCCCGGGAUGCGUCAGUCUCUAAAAGACCUGGAGGAGAAUGCCGUUCAGCUCAACAGAAUGAACAAGGGGGCAAAGAUCUCCAGUGUGGCGGGCAGCUCGGUGGGCGCAGCUGGAGGCGUGCUUUCCAUCAUUGGCUUUGCGUUAAUCCCUGUCACGGCCGGAGCGUCUCUCACUCUGAUAUUGACUGGGUUGGGGCUGGGAAUUACCAGCGGGGUCAACAGCGCGGUCACCACCGCCACGGAGAUCGGCGUAAACCACAAACAUCAAAAGAAAGCCUGUGAGAUCUUCCAGAGCUUCAUGGAGGACGUGCAGAUUCUGCAGGAUUGUCUGGAACAGGUCACCAGGAGGGAAACAAGCAAAGCCAGUGGUGUGGUUCUGGGAGUAGGCACGGUGCUUUAUAAAUCUGCCACUAUUGGAAAGGGUAUCGAUUCGCUUGUUGAUACAGCCUCAGCUCUUAAGAUGUUAAAAGUUGACGAGCUGGCUGUCAGUGCUGGCAAAGUGACAUUGCAGGAAGGGAAAGCGAUACGCAACGUGCCCAAGUUGGCGGCAGAUAUCCCAGAUAUUGGUCAGGCAGCACUCAAAGGGCCUCUUGCCUUCUCCAAGUCGGCCAGGGCCGGUUUCAUCGCGCUCAACGCUCUCUUCCUGGGCCUGGAUGUCUUCUUCAUCUGUAAAGACAGCAUCAGUCUGGCCAAAGGCUGCGAAACCGAAGUGUCGCAGUUAAUCAGAGCCAGAUCCGCCGUCUGGCGCUCGGAGAUGGACUCGUGGCAGAAGAUCCAUGACUUCCUGUGCAAAGGUCUGCCGACGUCAGAGGAGAACGAAGCCGUCCUGGAGAAGCCGUUUUAUCCAGAGAGGGAGAUGAAGAAAGAAACGGGAAUGAACUUUUCCUUCGAUGAAGUGGAUGAAAAGAAGAAGAAGAAGAAAAAUGAGAAAAAGGUUGCGUAUGUGAUGCAGUAGACGAUUAUCAGCUAAUAAUGAUAAUCAGAUCCAUUUAAAUUCACUGCAGCAAACAUCAUCAACAUGUUUCUUUGAGGAAUUUUUAAUCGGCUGUUCUUCAGCUAGCACUUUACCUGAUGAUUGAAACACUACUGAAAAAUUAGAAUUACUAUUUUUAUUUCUCGAGUUGCAAUUACUUUUAAAACGAAAUUAGAGCAAGAAUAUUAUGCAGAUCACAUUCUGUACAAUCUGUGUGCUCUUUAUUAUUAUUAUUAUUAUUAUUAUUAUGAUGUAUGUAAAAUUCAAUCUGCACCUUUUU